CCCCUGCCUCUUCGGUUCGGUUCCCAGUAUCUGAGUCGCUCUCUCUACCGAGCAAGCACGCACGCACGUACCCGGCGUUCCGCUCCACGCACCCACGGCGCCGUCGCUCAUGCAGGAAGCAGCGGUCGAGACCGGCCGGCGGCCGGCGCAGCAGUUCACUGGCGUUGACCUCCGCCGGCCCAAGGGGUACGCCGCGCCAUCUACCACGGCGGCGAGCCAGGCGCCGGGGGAGGGCGACCCGUGCCCGCGGUGCGAGUCCCGGGACACCAAGUUCUGCUACUACAACAACUACAACAUGUCGCAGCCGCGCCACUACUGCAAGGGCUGCCGCCGCUACUGGACCAAGGGCGGCACCCUCCGCAACGUCCCUGUCGGCGGCGGCACCCGCAAGAAGCCGUCUUCGUCCUCCUCCUCCGCUGUCGUCGCCAACUCCGCCAAGCCCAAGAAGCCCUCCAAGAAGAAGCGCCGCGUCGCGCUCGCGCUCCCCAAGCCCACCACCACCCCAGCCGCCGCCGACUCCACCAAGACGACCGAAACAACCACGACGACGACCACCACCACACCGACGACCGACGCCGCGAGCGAGAUCACCACCGAGCUCGUGGUCCCCGCGGUGGAGGAGGACUCCCUCGCCCACCUGUUGCAGCCGGACGACGCCGCAACCGUCGCGCUGGGGCUGGGGCUGUCGGACUUCCUCGCUGGGAAGAACCAGGGGCUGGUGGAGCCGGACAUCUUCGAGUGGCCUUCGGCGUUCGACCUGGGCGCGUGCUGGGGCAGCGCCGCGUUCGGCGACCCGGACCCCGCCCUGUUCCUCAACCUCCCGUGACAGGUGACGGCUGGUUCCGGGCUGCACAGGCGUGUGGUGGGUUUUGCGACCUGAUCAACAGUUCUUCCAGUUAAUUCGUAGCACGUGACGACAUGCUUGGGGUAUAUGAUCGUGACGACGACCUUAAUUUUUAGCUUCCGAGGUCAGCUAACUCAACAGCUUUGGGGUUUUCGUCUGUCUAUAAACUACGGUUUGGGCUUCUUCUUGCAUGGUCCUCCUCGAUCCCUUUGAUUUCCGUUCUUCUGUUUUAACAAAAGAUUAUGAAUGGAAUGUAUGGAGAAUCUGCUGCAUGGAAAGAAUGUACCGAUGUUUUCUUCC